GUUUGUGUCAAACAAGUUCAAUUUGUUGUAACAUUAAAACAGGAGAAACUUACUCUGUCCUCAAAGUGAUGCUCGCAGCUCCAGUGGUUUUCUCUGUGGGUGAACGAGGAUGAUGAAUGAGAAUAUGUAAUCUCUGAUAAUGUAAACACUGGUGAAUUCACGUGUUACUGUGUGCUGCUGCUUAUUAAAGGAUAUAAAUUGAUUAAUGACUGUGCCAGACAUCAGCUUUUAAAAGUGUAAAAUAUGUAGAAAUACAACUAAAUAAAAUGAAGUAGAAUAGAUUAAAAAUUCUGCAUUUAACUAAAAUAAGAUAAAGUGGUUGUUGUGAAAGGGUUGGAGUGAAAGUGGUGGCUGAGCUGAUCUUUCCUGUCCUGAUAACUGACUGUAGUAAUGUCAAUAUGACAAAGAAAUCAAAAAGCAGCAUGAACAGUAGAGAAACCUAAUAACUUCACUUCAUUUGAUAGAUUCACAUUGUUGUUCUUAGAAAUCAGAUAAUUCUGAGAUUUACACAGAUAUAUAGAAUGUGAUUAAAGUAUAAAGAUACCAGUGUGAAUAUAUUUUAGCACGAAAAUUAGAGCGAGGUCUCUUGGGGAUGAGCCGCUCAUGUCUUAAAAUAUUAGUCGGGACAUUUUGAAUAUAAAAGAAUUCUUGUCAUGUUGUGUUGUGGUUUUGGACAUAAACAUAUGGUUACAUAUGUUAGUAGUGUAGUGUAUAACACUAGGAUGCUCUAGGCUGAGUCAUGGAUCCGGAACACAAUGACAGCUCAUCACCGUUUACACUUAAAUUGUUGACAUUUGAAUUCAAAUACAGUGAGCGAACUUCAUCGAGCGAGAGAUUAUUUGGAGAGACUUUUACUAUUCACAAUUUACACAGCAUACUUUAUUCAGUCAACACACAACAAACAUCAAACUUUUUACAUUCAUUUUCACAAAUUUUACUUUUUAAACGAGGCACAUCACACCACCAAGUUUGGAAAAUGUUCCAGCUGGAAGAAACUGUGCACUAUGUGCCUGCUAUUUAUACACCUGACUUAGAAAAUGUCCCUGUCAACCUCUAUCCCAAGUACAACCCUGGGUACCAAAUUGUGAACUACCCCGAAUACCAAACUGUGUACCAACCUGAGUACUACCCCUUGUACCAACCUGUGUACUACCCUGAAUACAACCCUGUGUACCAACCUGACUACUACCCCAAAUACAACCCUGUGUACCAACCUGUGUACCAACCUGAGUACUACCCCAAAUACAACCCUGUGUACCAACCUGAGUACUACCCCAAAUACAACCCUGUGUACCAACCUGUGUACUACCCUGAAUACUAUGCCGACUACAGCACUGAGUACUACCAGUUCCUGCCACCCAACUUCUACUCCCAGCCCCUAACGGUGGAGACUUUUGAAGAAGACUGCUUCCUCCCAACUCCACAGCCUCCUCACAACCACCACCCAAUUCUGCCUGAAAGGAAGCGCACAAUGAUUAAAAAUCAGGACCCCAAUGAUGGUGGCCAAGACAUUAUGGUCAACGGGCUUCUGGGAGGAACGGCCACGUAUCCACCUGAGAACGUGUUUCCGUCCGAGAAUGUGUCUGUACCCAAACAUGUGUCUCCACCUGAAUCUGCAUCAUUGCUCAAAAAUGUGUCUCCACCCGAACCUGCAUCACCCCCUGAACAUGUCUCCACCCAAACCUGCAUCUCUCCCUGAACAUGUGUCUCCACCCGAACCUGCAUCUCCCCUGAACAUGUGUCUCAACCCGAACCUGCAUCUCCCCCUGAACAUGUGUCUCAACCCAAACCUGCAUCUCCCCCUGAACAUGUGUCUCCACCCGAACCUGCAUCUCCCCCUGAACAUGUCUCCACCCGAACCUGCAUCUCCCCCUGAACAUGUGUCUCCACCCGAACCUGCAUCUCCCCCUGAACAUGUGUCUCCACCCGAACCUGCAUCUCCCCCUGAACAUGUGUCUCCACCCGAACCUGCAUCUCCCCCUGAACCUGUGUCUCCACCCGAACCUCCACCUAAGGUGAACUAUUAAUCCCUUUCGGUUUCUUCCUUUCGCAAAAUACACUGUGUUCACUUCCCCUUACUGUCUUUUUAGGAUACACUGUAUUUGAUAUAGCUGCUGUCAGAAAUGACUUUUAUCCGAAUAGAUGUAGAUAAGAAGUUUAUAUGGACUAUAGUGGGUUCAAUCACAGUUCCCUGAUACUAACACAGCAUAGCUGUUCUGUUUUAUAUAUAUUAUAAUCUGUAAUGCUCAUUGUUUGCUUUCUCUAUCUCCUUGUACAGCAUAAAAAGGCUAAAGGAUAUGGAUAUAUAACAUAUUCCUCUGAAUCUGAAGCCAAAACAUCUGUCAGGGAGAUGAAUGGGAAGGUUGUGGAAACGGGCCUGCUGAAUAUUUCUCUGUAUUAAACAAAAAUAGAACUAGCAGAGGAGAAGAUGAGAUGUGGCUGGAACAGAAACACGUGGCAGUUUUAUAACAAAGACUCCAAGUGUGUCUGGCCGUGGACAUGAACCCUAAUAAGACUAAAUAAAAUUACACCUUCCAAAUGUU